ACUGUAAUGUUGGUGUAACCGCAGAAAUAAUCAAAAUUUAGUUGAAUCUAUUACUUAAAUCGAUUGUGUUGUGAACUUAUUCGUUUUCAAAUAAUCGAUUAUGGGAAGCGAUCGAAAAUCGAAGAGAACAGCUUAUUCUUCGCCGUCCGACUCCGAAGAUGAGAAGAAACACAAGAGGAGGAGAACGGUAGAUGAUGAUGAGGAAAAGAAGAACAGGAAGAGGGAAAAGAAAGAUAAAAGGAAGGACAAGAAACAUUCCAAAGAUAAAUCUGAUAAAGAGAAGAAGUCAAAAGACAAGCACAAAAGUAAACGCAGCAAAGGUGAAGUCAAUGUGGAUUUUCAAGAACUGUCCAGUGAUGACUAUUUUGCUAAGAAUAAUGAGUUUGCUACCUGGCUGAAAGAAGAGAAGAAUUUGUUUUUCUCUGAUUUGUCAUCAGAGUCAGCGCGGGAGUUAUUUGCAGAAUUUGUGAAAGCUUGGAAUAGAGGAAAGCUAGAGUCGAAUUACUAUGAAGGCAUUGCAACUGCGCCCCGUUCAUCCCAUAACUGGAAAAUCAAAAAGUAGAUUUGACGAGAAAGAGCUGUCAUUUUGACACAAUCACUGUAGACCCUUUUGUUUAGAGUUUCUUUCUAACAGUAACUAACAACUGACUUGAAACUCAGUAAUUAUAGAUGUUCUUUUAUCUGCAUAAAUUGCACACUUGCAUCAAUCUUCGACGAUCAGUUGUUCAUUGUGUCAAAAAGAAAAAGUGUAAAGAACAGAAAACAGAUAGAGUUGAAAAAAUGAAGGAGAUUCGGUUUA